AUGGUAGCGACAUCUUCAAAGAGGACGUUGGAUCCAAAGGAGGAAUAUUUGCCUGCUGACAAAACGUCGACGAGUUCAAGCAACACCAUAUUAUCCGAACUAGCAGCACUAGAUAAAUCAAGCUCCAAUGGCACUACAUUAAAGCUGAUUGCCCUUAAUAUCAAAUCGAUAUCAGACGAAGAGGUUAGUUAUAUUCAGAAUGUUGAAAGGUUAUCUUUAAGGAAAAAUCACUUAACGUCUUUACCUGCAAGCUUCAAAAGGUUAUCAAAGCUGCAGUAUCUGGAUUUAAAUAAUAACAGUUUUAAAGAAAUCCCAUCUGUCUUAACACAGUGUCCUCAAUUAGAGAUCUUAGAUCUAUCCUCUAAUGAGAUUGAAGCAUUUCCGGAGGAAAUAUCGCCGUUUUGGCAGGAUAAUAUACGCGUAUUAUCUUUGAAAGACAAUAACGUAUCUAGCAUACGUAAUUUGAAAUCGAUUACAAAACUAAACAAACUUAGCAUUUUAGAUUUAGAGGAUAAUAAAAUACCUAAAGAAGAACUUGAGCAGGUACAAAAUUAUACUCCAUAUCAUACGGGAAUCCCGAAAGAAGAAUAUUGGGCAAUUGCCAUAUUGCGAUAUCUCAAAGAUUAUUCUACCCAGUCUAUAUCAGAACCGAAAAUAUCUAGGGCAGCUAAAAGAAUGGGAUUUAUAAAUACAAACUUGUCCAAUGGAGCAAUGAGUGACAACAAUAUAAUUUCACUUGCCCCCAAUGCAAAUACCACUUCAAAUGCACCUACCUCAAUGACCUCAUCAAAUCCAACUUUGGUUACUACAGGAAAUGUAGAACCAGAAUCUGGCGGAACAGUGAACGGAACAGAGCUCUAUAACCACUCCAAAUAUAACGACUACUUUAAGAGGCUAUCAAUUUUGCCAGAAGAGUCGCUAAGUAAUGGACAUCAAAAGAUAUCGCAUGCAGAAUUGGUCGUAUCCUGUCGGAAGCUCCUAUUCAGCUUCACUGAAUGCCAACAAGCAAUCAGAAAAAUUGCAUCUUUCUGUAAGGAAAAGGCGGUAGCAGUAAAUGUAGUAUCAUUAUUGUACUCUGUCAGGUCGCAUACUGACAAUCUGGUGGAGGUUCUGCAGCAAACAGAGAACGAAGACGAAUCACAUGACCAGGCGCUAAUCAAGCUAUGCCUUACUAUAAUCACAAGUUUUAAGCAAAUUAUAGCGCUGUUGAGGAAGAAUUUCGAAACAUUUUUCCGAGAAGAUGAUUUGUGUUUCAUACGAAUGUUUUAUAUGACAUUAAUGUGUGCUUAUAUGGAGAUGUAUAAUGCAUGGUCUUUUAUCAAAGAAGACGAUAAAACCAUCAGCUCUGCAAGUAAGCCUCCAAAGAAACAUUCUUUUUCAAGACAUGAUACUUCAUCCAGCAUCACAAAUAGUGGGGGACCGGUGGUAAAUUCAAACAGUGCACUCUGUAGUGGAAAUAUCAAACUGCUGCCAAAGACGAGAAGCACAAGAGCACCAUCAACGUCGGCAUUGCUUUCCAACAGUAAUAUUCUAGUGGGAGACACGUCUAUCUCGAACAGUACCGCUGUUCCACUACUGUCGCCAAAUUUAAAUAAUGCGCAUGGUCAUGGUCCUAUUUUGGGACAUCAGAACUUAAUAAGCAAUGGAAGUUGUCAAGUGGGUGUAAAUGAAGGAAAAACUGGUAACGAUAACUUGCCAAGGCAACAACUACUUCAGCACAACAAAUCCAUCAGUGAUUCGAAAAAAGAAUCGAUGGUACACGAACCUAAACCGCACCCGGUUAUGAAUUCCUCCAUUAUUAACGCAUCAAAUAAUAUUAAUAUUACUAAUGUAAAUAUAACUCCUCCUCCAAUGAAUGGAAAUGGCACCAGUAACAGUAAUACUAAUGUAGUGGAGACAAAUAUUGACAUUCAGUUAUAUCAAACAUUAUCAACAGUAGUUAAAAUGGUGAGCGUUGUAUACAAUCAGUUGACUUCGGAAAUAUCCAAGAUAGCAAUUGCCAGCACCAUGGGAAAGCAAAUUUUGACGGACUCGUUGGCACCUAAAAUUCGUGAUUUGACGGAUACAUGCCGUCAAGCAAUGGAUUUAUCUAAACAAUUGAAUGAAAGGUUGGACGUAUUAAUACCGAAUGAUAUAAAUUCAGAAAAGUAUCUGACAUCUUUGGAGAAGUUGAAAACGUGGGAGAUAAUGAAUUCAUUCUUGAAAGUAAUAAUAUCGAUUCUGGCUAAUACUAAAAUUGUAAUGAGCGAUGUGCCCAAUUUGAAUGAACUUAGACCUAAUUUGGCCAAUUUAGCCAAGAUUACUAAAGAUGUUACCGUGAUAUUGGAUUUGAGUUCAUACAAGGCUGUAUCAGUGAGCGCCAACUCUCCGGAGUAA